AUGGCUGCUGUCCCUCGACGAGAGUUUUCUCCUCCACGGCUGAACUACCGAAUCGGGAACGCAAGAGUCGCGAAUAGAGGCUGGAACAUCCUUCAUAUUAAAUUCCACCGUGGCGCACAACUUCCAAAUUGGUCUGUGCUCGUAGUCCGCGAUCGACCGUCGGUCUUUUCAGAGCCUACUGAUACUCGAUUGCGUGGCCUCGUUCACCAUCGUUACUCUUACCUAAUCUUCCUUCGCCCCACCAAGAUCCAGAAGGGAAUACCGUCUAUCGCUGCAGUUGUUGCUAGCGUGCACAGUGACUUUAUCCAGGACCCUGCAAGCGUGCGCAUCCAACAAUCGGAUGAAAUCAAACAGAUACUGGAUGAACUAACUGACAUGAUCAUCGAAUGGUUGCAAUGCUAUCAAACAAAUAACAAUGCACUUCCAGAUCGUGUUUUUGUUUUCCGAGAUGGCGUUUCAGAGGGCCAGUACGACACCGGCUUGAAUGAGGAAUUAUCCCAAAUCUUGAAUGCGUUGAAAAGGUUGAACACGAAAGACCGAAAAGAACCCUAUAGACCUCUACUGUCUAUAGUCAUCUGUGGAAAACGUCAUCAUGCCAGAUAUUAUUACUUUUAUGCUGAUGGAAAUGACAAUACCAGACCAAAGACGAUUGUUGACCGAGGGAUUAAUAAUGUCUUUGACUUCGAUUUUUAUCUUCGAGCUCGUGCUAGACUCCAAGGACACGCAAAACCAAUGUACUAA